GACAUUAUGAUUUCCACCCCACCUUCAACUCUUUCCAUGCUUUCUGCUCGAUUCCUACAACUCUAUCGUUUCUUGCAUCAUUUGUUGUUGUUCUAAUAGAACUAUAGACCAUUAUAUAUCUCAAAUUCCGUCAUGUCACCCAGAAAGAUUAUUAUCGAUACCGAUCCGGGUAUUGAUGACAUCCUCGCUCUUUUGCUCGCCCUUUCUGCAAAACCAGAAGAGGUUGAAGUGCUUCUCAUCUCAUUGACCUUUGGCAACAUCGAAGUGAGAAGCUGCCUUCGCAAUGUCGUCUCCAUGUUUCAUAUUCUCGAGCGCGAGAUGAAGUGGCGCAGGGAACAAGGCCGGCCUGAAGGAUUCGGUGCUCUACGUGCCUGUCGACCAGUCGUCGCCGUGGGAGCGGAAGAUCCUCUCGAGGAGCAGAAGAUGCUGGCGGAUUAUUUCCACGGAACCGAUGGUCUAGGCGGGAUUCAUGCCAGUCACCCCCAUCUAACUCCCAAAGAGACUUGGGAGCAUCUCUUUGAUCCGUCGGCCGAUCCCGUCGAAGUCGAACCGGUCCCAACUGGCGAUGCCGCUCACCGAUCGUUCAUUCCCUCUAAACGUCCUGCACACGAAGAAAUUUUGCGUGUCCUGCGCGAGAAUGAGGCGGAUACUGUUACACUGGUUGCUGUCGGUCCCUUGACCAACCUGGCGUUAGCUUCUGCGGCCGAUCCAGAGACCUUCCUCAAGGUCAAGGAGGUGGUGAUCAUGGGAGGAACAGUGAACUUCCCCGGAAAUGUAACCCCCAUGGGCGAGUUCAAUGCCUAUGCCGAUGCAGUCGCCGCCGCACGGGUCUAUGCCCUUACCUCUCCCACCCCGUCCAGCACCAUGCCAACAAACAGCGUCAGUCUCCAAGGCUACCCAGAAAAGCUGAGCAAACAGCUUACUCUCCGCCAAUUCCCGCUAAAUAUCACCCUGCGCCAUGGAAUGAAGCGCGGCCAAUUCCGCAAGGCCAUUACCCCGCUUCUCGAGACAGGCUCGCCACUGGCGGAAUGGGUCUCGGCUUUCAUGGCCCACACCUUUAAGACACUCGAGAGACUUCAUCCAGGACACGUGGGAGAUGAGGCGGAACUGAGCAUGCACGACCCUGUCUGCGUCUGGUACGCUCUAACCCCCGUGGACCCGCGCUGGAAAUCAUCCUCGACUUCCCCAGAGGAUAUCCGGAUUGAAACAACGGGCCAGUGGACACGGGGCAUGUGCGUGGUGGAUGGACGGAACCGUCAUCGCAUCGAAGGAGACCAGGAGAGCUCCAGCGACCAUGGUCUCUGGUUGAGCCAGAAGGCCGGAAACCGUAUCUGGAGAAUGGAUGCCUCCCCGGGAGAGGAGAACUUUGGUGAGAUCAUCAUCGAACGGCUGUUUACCUGAGGGAGCUAUCCCAGGGAAGGAAGAUACUUCUAGUACAAGGGAUGGUUGAACGUGAAUAGAAUCCGAUACACAGUUUUAUGUAGAUAAAGUCAUAUAGACGUCAUGAUCAAUAACCAUGCUCCAGAUCUUCGACCGAUAGACCAAAUCGGGAAAUAUCAAGCCGAUCACAUCAUUCUUUGUUGUGCCUGGAUCGGAGCAUUGAAAUGCUAGAUCAGGGCUGGGUAGAACGUCAUUGGCUUCUGGGAGCUGGAGGAUAUUUCCCCUUGGGCGUGCCUGAGGAGUAGAAACACAUGUAAUUUCACCAUCUGUAAAACUCCAAUAGGGAUGGAAAUUAUUGUUUCAUUGACUAGGUAUUGACGUCAAUUAUGCAUUCUAGGUAGUUACUGGGUAGAUUUCAGAGAGUCAAUUGCUAUGCUGAGAACACAACCCUGGGCUAAGAAGUAUUCAGUGCUCUAGAUAAUGCUACAACACUGAACACACGA